AUGAUUCGAUAUAAGCUCUCUAAGGAUACUGGAUUAGAAAAUGUUACAAAAUAUAAAGACCAGUAUUUAUUUGGAUAUCCUUGUCAGAGUACGUCAGCCGACUGCAGCCCAUAUACCAUCCAUAUUUCCUCUGGAAGUUAUCUCUUUGAAGCAUGGGGUGCAAGAGGCGCUUUUGGAAUAUGGAAUAAGGUAAAUUCCAUUCCAGGACUUGGUGGCUACACAUCCGGUGUGUUGACAAUAACUAAACCUCUAACUCUGUACCUUUAUGUUGGUUCCACUUCUUUUUUUAAUUCGUUUUUUUCUGCAAAAAUGUCAGGUGCAUUUUUUGGCGGUGCUUCGUCUGAUGUCCGCUUGUAUGCUAAUGAAUCGUUUGAUUGGUCAAAUCCUUUAUCUCUUCGCUCACGAAUCAUGGUCUCUGGCGGUGGUGGUGGGGCUGAAUGGCCGAAUAGCAUCGGAGGAAAUGGAGGAGGCCUUGAAGGUGGCUCCGGCAAAUCUGACUGUUCUUUAGGAGGGAUGCGUUGUUCAGGCCUAUCAGGCGGAGGAACUCAGAUAUCAGGAGGAACACCCGCACCAUCGAAUGGACAAGUUUACGGAAUUCCUGGUUUGUUUGGGAUGUCUUCAUUUAACUAUUCCUCGCCAGAUUUUGGCGCAGUUGGUGGAACUGGAUACUAUAGUGGCGCAUCAAUUGAAUUAACUGGUGCUGCCGGUGGAGGAAGUUCUUUCAUUUCAGGUUAUGAAGGUUGCAUUGCACUAAAUAGUUCCGUAGAUGAAACUCCAAGUCCAGUAAAUUCAUCGAUCCAUUACUCUGGAAUUUACUUUACUAAUCCAAUAAUGAUCCAAGGAAACCAAAUGAUGCCAUUGUACUAUAAUAUGACAUCAUAUGGCAUUGGCAACAAUGGAAGUGGUGCUAUUCGUAUCACUAUUCUAUCGCAGAAUAUCCACACAUGUAAUUAUUUACAAUCGUCAUUUAAUAUGUAUUUGAUUUUUGAUUCAAUUUUGACUGUUAACACAUAA